AUGACAAGUCUUGUUGAUUCAACUGAACGUAUUUACUACCGUGACACCUACCUAGACAAGCUGGAAGCAAAGAUUGUCGGAGUGGGAAAGGACGAAGAAGGCGAUUAUGUCAUCUUUGAUAAAACUAUUUUUCAUCCGCAAGGAGGUGGCCAACCUGAUGACCAAGGAUAUAUUGAACUGAAGGGCAGGCAAUUUGCCAUCAAGAAACUAUGGGCCUCACGAAAUCCCGAUGAGCAACCUUACUUGGUGAAGCAUUAUUACGAAAAGGAUGCCGUAUUUAACAUGGAGGAGCAAGUCAACGAAACAGCCUUACAAACAAUCAACAUGGAAGCUCGCAAACUUUUCGCUCGUUAUCAUUCUGCUGGGCAUUUGUUGUCGAACGCGGUCAACAAAUUGUAUCCUGGUAUUGACGGUUGCAAUGGAAAUCAUUUUCCAAAGACAGCUUUUGUAAUUUUCGAAGGGAGUCCCUUGCCUAAUCUUCAAGAGUUGAAGCAGAAACUAGGCGAACAGGUUAAUGAAUUGGUAAAAAGCAGUCUUCCAGUUAAGAUUGAUUGGAAUUCUAAACCUAGAACUAUUCAAUUUGGCGACUUCAAAUCGUAUCCUUGUGGAGGCACACAUGUUGCCAAUACUUUGGAGAUUGGAGAGAUUACAAUUCGUAAUGUUAAAAAGGAUAAAGGCAGAUUGAGAGUUGGUUAUGACAUUAAUGAAUAG